AUGCCACCAAAACGACAGCAGAGGCAGUCCAAGAACCCAACAAAGAGGUUGAAAACGGCCACUGCCCAGGCUGAAGAGGUUUCAACACCUGUAAACAAUGUCCAAACUGAUUACAACAAACUAGCACAAGCGAUGAUGGACAUUUCAAAACAACAGCCAGAUAAUUUGUACAUUGAAGCUGAAGCUACAACCUCGGGCAACCAAACGCCCACAACUGGGGACACGGCAUCAACAUCACAACGCAGUGUGCCAGCACCCACUUCAAGUCUGGGGGAAAUUUUGGAUCAAGUUUUCCUUGGGGACCAAUCUUCUCACAAGGACUUCAGUCCUUUAAAUGACUUGGAAGUGCCAUUUGGAGAAUGUACUAUUUGUUUGGAGAAACCAAUGGAUUGUGUAAUCUUAGAUUGUUGCCAUCUGUACUGCUGCUGUGGAUGUGCCAAGCAAUUAAAGGAAUGUUUUACCUGUAGAGGAAAACUGUCAAAAGUUGUCAGAAUUUUCAAAGCAUAG